GAGCAAGCUUUAACUAAUCUACAGCGCAACAUUGAUGCACCAAAAACCAAAAAAAAAUUAUUUAAUUUUAAAAAAUUAGCCUAUAAUUUUUUUUAUCAAACAUUAAUUUACAAAAUUGAAUUGGAACAGAAUAUACUGUUCAAAUAAAUGAAAAUAGCCUAAUUAAAAAAUGAAAUAUGAUCAAGUCAAACUGCAAAAUGCAGGGGAACAUAUAUUCAAAACACAAGCCAGAAAUAGUUCAAUUAAAUAACCCAGAGUGAUCAAUAAAUAGGCCUAAAUUAAAAUUAAAGAAAUUAUUAAAACAACGAAAGUAUAGCUAUGUCAACUUGUCUUUUUAACUACAGAGACAAUAAACGCUAAACUGGAGUGGCAGUCUUUUUAGCUAAACAUUAACAGCAUCCAAAAAUCAAAUUACAUCCGGCUGAAAUAGUUUGAAAUCACUUGUAGCUACCCUACCUGAUUGAGAAAGAAAAAUCCAGUCUUUCACGUGAUCUGCCUGUGUCCAUUUGAGUCUUUUCAAAUAACGCGCUAUAGUCAGCUCGUUGGCCGCCGGCAGAAGUGCGCCACAGUGUUUGUCGUUGUUGAGUUCUAGGACAUGAUCUGUUGGCACAACUUGCAUCAUACGUUUUUUUGAUCAUCUUUUACCAUUUCAAAGUGCAUCCAAUUCUACACUUUAUCCCAGAUAUUGUUGAAGAAUUAAUCCCUGCCGUAAAGAUGCUCAUCUGCCGGUCACGGAUCAUGGAAGUGAAACUUAAAUCGGUCACAGGUUGGAUUUAUUCACGCACAUUAAAAAUAUUUAUUAAAAGCUUCUUUUUUCACAUUUUUAUUUAUAGUAUUAACAUAAUAGACUGUAUAUUAACCUAUUGGGAAAGAACCGGUAUGUCUAUGUAAAAUCAGAUAUUGAGCGCACCCAUAUUUCUUCUCAUAACACAUCUGCGACGAUUCGACUGUGAGAUUGGUAGUCGAAUCAGGCUCCUCCUAUCGAAGAUUCGAAUCGUCGACUAUUCAGGGUCACCCCUACUGAAGACAUUACUGUAGUUUUUAAUAGGCAUGCUUCUUCAUUGAAAAUAAAUUCUAGCGCAGCGCUACAACAACCAACAAUAGAUAAUGCUUUAUAAUGAACUAUAUUAGAGAGCUACUUACGGUAAUUUAUCUGUUCAAUAAAAUACCUUACCUGUAGAGUUAUAAAAACUCCAUCUCCGUGUCGCUUUUACAUUUCGAAUCCUUCAGUUCUCACUUUCUCCGAAAAGCCAAGCCAGUGUUGAUUUUUGUUUUAUUACGAGCUCACAAUUUCCAAUAAAAACCAUCCUGCUUGGUCUAAAAUAUAAACGCUUACCAUAGUAAAUAAGGGUACAACAAAAACAUGUUUUGGAGGAAGGAUUGAUGAUGUAUUGAUUUUUUUUUUUUAAUUUUGAACAAGAAAAGUUACAUAGUGUACCUUAAAAUCUGACAUUUUGAAACAGUUUAUAUUCAUGAACUUCGGAUUUUUUCUCAUAUAACCAAAUAAGUUCUUGUCAAGGAAACGAGUUUGUAUUAAGUGAGAAUGAUUGCUCAACUUUAUUGGUACAUUAUAGCACAGUAGAGGUGAUAUUUAUAUACAGCUUACAUGUGUAUUGAACCCUGUAAUGGGUCAUUUAUUUAUUUAUUUAUUUAUUUUUUAUUAGUUGCACUCUUUCUGAUAGCUUGACAGCAAGUUGUUGCCCAGUAUCCAUGUUGCUCUUGGCUCUGUUUAGUUGCUUUUGAAAGAGACAUGGGCGGCAGCAGUUAGGAAUAUGAGGAAGGAAUAACUGUUGGCUGUGUUACGGCAAGCCAGGUGUUUCAGUUUCUUAUCGGAGGACUUGUGGUUUUCCACCUGUUUCUACAUUACUCAACUGUUCUCAGCAGGUGCAUUCUUUGCUCAAGUUGGCCUGACAUUCAGGGAUUUUUCUGUUAGGGUUAUUGAUGGGUCACGAUGGUCAACUAAUCAACUAGUCCUCCAACAACCGACUAGUCCAGCUGUUUUCUUUGGCCUUUUGAUGGACAAGGGCCACUUAAUAUGAUCAUCCCUUUUUGAGCCCCCUCCUAAAAUAUAAAGACAGUUAUAUAUUUUCAUGUAUUUUCAUUGUUUCUUAAAUUGAAAAACUGGCAUUUAUAUUGAUGUAGCUCAAACAGUAGAGCCUGGCACUAGCAAUGCCAAGGUCAUGGGUUCGAUUCCCAGGUAAUUCAUGAACUGAUGAAGUGUAAACCUUUUAAAACAAUGUCAUGUUGCCUUCUGCCAAAUGCAUAAAUGUAAUGAAAUGUAGAUGUUAUAUUAUCACUAAAACUCUGUCCAACAGGCUUUGAAUGCAUGCACUUGCCCUUUGAACAGAAUGUACAUCUGUCCCAUGUCCCAUUUUAAUUCACUUCUAAUUAAAUGUGGUGUCUACCCUGAGGAAGUUUUGUUUCCUGAAAGUUACUUAUUUCACGUCAACAUCUCAACAAAUUAAACAUAUUUGGAUUAUUGUAGCAUACAGAAAUUGAAGUGUAACAGGUCUAAUUUCUUAGAACACCAAGCGCCUUGUGAAAAUCAUAAUUUUGAAAUGGGGAAGAAAGUCAUUUUUAACAAACAUUCCAACAAACUCAUCACUCGUUCAUAAAUGUUUCUAAAACUGAAAAACUGGAUCAAAUAAAGUUGGUCAACUUUGAGGUUUCAGACAAGCAUCAUACAAAAGUAAUUUGUAUAACCACAGUCUUUUUUUCACCUAUGAUAUUAGUCAGAUUUCAGAUAUGUACCGCACACCCAGUCUCAGAUAAUUAGCUGUACUCAUUUUGAUGUAAGUUGGAGUGUUAACAGCAGCAGGCAGGUUUGAAGGUGUGUAGAUUACUGGCAGUGAUCCAGCUCACCUAUCCUUACAGCCACACCUGAUGGAAUGCAUUAGCUAGUUCAGUGUACAAGCUCACUGCAGUAAUAUCGUUGAGCGUGUGAACAAAGAAGUACGACUCGAGACAAAUGGUCAACAGUUAGAAGAGUUCAGUGAAGUUUUCUCACCCAAGACGUCUUUGGUGGAAAGGACUAUCUAGUGGCUUGGCAUUCGGGACCUCGCAGACCGGCUGUGUGUUUUGGAGCAACUUGAGGAGCUUCUUCAAAUCAGUGACCCUAGUGAAUGUCAGCACCAUGAGCAGCCAGUAGUGACACACGACAGCAGCUACAGCAGCCGCACAGCUUUUCAAAUAUAUGAAGUGCCACUUAUUCAUCGACAGAAAUCAGCCAUCAUUUCAUUCAUCUUAACAAUGUUUCGGAAAAAAGCCUCAUCCUCCUUGAGAAUGCGGGGAAUAUCAGAAAACAAUAGACGGAGUGUGGACCGUGCCCGAAGCUCCUCCUUCCAUGAGGUGGGCAGGUCACGAGAGCUGGAAAUGAGGGCGGCAGCCUCAGUUUCCGAGGAUACAUCAGCUAGCAGCAGCAGCGGUAGUGGUCAUACGGUUCUGCAGCGGCUCUUGCAGGAGCAAAUGCGAUAUGGCGAGGGCCGAAAUUACCUUGCCCUGCAACAACAGCAACAACAACAACAGCAGCAGCAGCAACAAGGUCCAGUGAGUGGAUACCCCGGUCCUGGCAGCCCAGGGGACGAGCUCUCGAUGGUCCCUCACAUUGCAAGGCAGGAGCCUCAGGGCCAGGAGCUGCAGGCAGACAGUGGCAUGGAGAAGCUCAGCACACGCACAGCAGGAGGAGGAGGUGGCGGCAGUGGAGGCACCGGGUCAGGCGGAGGAAGCUGUGUGAGUGGACAGGGGCAGAAUCCUGAAGACCUACCCACCUAUGACCAAGCCAAGGUGCAGUCGCAGUACUUCCGUGGUCACCAGCCCCAGCAGCCUCAACCACAGAUACCCCCGUCAGUAGGUGCGGCAUUUUAUGUGACUGGCGUCAGCAACCCUAAGGUGCGACCCCCAGAGGGCAGGCCAACGGUACAGAGAGUAAAUGGAGGCAAAGUUCACCAAGAUGAUGGGCUCAAGGAUCUAAAGCAAGGCCAUGUGCGUUCUCUCAGUGAAAGACUAAUGCAGCUCUCGUUGGCCACCAGCGGAGUCAAGGCCCAUGCACCUGUAACUAGUUCACCACUUUCCCCCCAGUUGCCUCCACCUGGGCUUCCAGGAGAUUAUUAUAAACCCUCUGGGCCCCCACACAGGGGUCCACCACCAGACUACCCAUUUAAGGCAAUGCCCUCUCCACCCAAACAGCAGCAGCACCAUCAGCACCAGGAGCCUGGACACUUCUACCCAGACCACCGUGGAACAAGCCAGCCAGCCAGAGCUGAUAUUCCUCACGUCCGGUACCAGCCACCACCAGAGUAUGGCUCUUUCCGGUCAGGUAAGGAGAGUUCAAGUCACUCUCAAAGGUCUGUCCAUCACCAUAGCCCUUCAUCUUCUGUUACAUCAGGGGGCUCUCUCUCCCGUGCUCAGUCUUCCACUCUCAGCAGCAUCUUGGCCUCUUCCCACCCUCCUCCACCUAUGUGUCACCAGGGAGAGCAGCCCUUCCCCAUGGGUGCUCGUAGCCCACAGGGGCCCGGUUCCCACCAAGGUGAUCCAUACGGCCCAGGUCCAGGUCACCCUCCCCAUCAGCGCAGUCAUGCGUUUCCUCAUGAUCCUUACGGGUCAGCUCCCAGGGGCCUCCACAUGCACCAGCACCAGUACCACCAGCAGGGCUCCCAGCAGCAGCAACAGAAUCCAGGACAACACUACCCACAUCCACACUCCAUGCAGGGGGAUCCCUACGCCAUGCUGGCCCGUGCCCAGCAGAUGGUGGAUAUGCUCUCCGAAGAGAACCGCUUGCUUAAGCAAGAGCUGGAAGUGUGUGGGGAAAAGGUGUCCAAACUACAAAAGCUGGAGACUGAGAUCCAGAUGGUGUCCGAAGCCUACGAAAAUCUGGCCAAAUCAUCCACAAAGAGGGAAGCUCUUGAGAAGACUAUGAGAAAUAAGCUGGAGAUGGAGGUGCGCAGGGUACACGACUUCAACAGGGACCUAAGAGAGCGAAUGGAAACAGCCAACAAGCAGCUUGCAGCAAAAGAUUGUGAGGGCACAGAGGAUAAUCGCAAAACCAUCUCACAGCUUCUGGCUCAGAACAAAGAGAAUCAGAGAGAGAAGGAAAAGCUGGAGAUCGAGUUGAAUUCACUUCGCUCCACCAAUGAGGAUCAGCGCAGGCACAUUGAGAUCCGUGACCAGGCCUUAAACAACGCCCAAGCCAAAGUGGUCAAGCUGGAGGAGGAGCUAAAGAAAAAGCAGGUAUAUGUGGAGAAGGUGGAGCGGAUGCAGCAAGCUUUAGCACAGCUUCAGGCCGCAUGUGAGAAGAGAGAACAGCUCGAGCAUCGGCUACGUACUCGACUGGAGAGAGAGCUGGAAUCACUGCGAAUGCAACAGAGGCAUGGUGGUUCUCAGAAUACAGUUGGUCCUGAGUUCAGCACAGCAGCUCUAAUGGAACACCUGAGAGAAAAAGAGGAGAGGAUUUUGGCCCUGGAGGCUGACAUGACCAAAUGGGAGCAGAAAUACCUGGAGGAGAGUGUCAUGAGGCAGUUUGCGCUGGACGCUGCUGCAUCUGUGGCCACACAAAGAGACACAUCCUCUGCCAUCAGCCACUCCCCCAGCAGCAGCUACGACACUUCGGUGGAGGCACGUAUCCAGAAAGAAGAAGAGGAGAUUCUCAUGGCCAAUCGGCGCUGUCUGGACAUGGAAAGCAGGAUCAAGAACCUGCACGCUCAGAUCAUAGAGAAGGACGCCAUGAUAAAGGUGCUGCAUCAGCGCUCACGCAAAGAACCAGCCAGCAAAUUAGAUACCCCGGCCAUGAGGCCCUCCAAGUCCCUUAUGUCCAUCGCUAUGGGCACUGGCAGCUCCAGUGGCUCCGGGCUGCUGUCACACUCUCUGGGUAUCAGUGGAAGCAGCCCCAUCACGGAGGAACGUAGGGAAGACCGCAGCUGGAAGGGCAGUCUGGGUGUUCUGCUGGGCCCAGAGUUCAGAGGUGACUCUUUGAGGACAGAGUCCAUCUCCUCCUCUCCAUCUCCAGUCUUGCCCUCCACCCCAAUGCCAGCUGCCACACACUCAAAGACUGGCAGCAGAGACAGCUGCACCCAGACGGAGAAGGGUCAGGAGGCCAGCAAGCCAAGCACACCCGCCCUGCAGAACGUUCCAGGACCCAGCCGGAUCAGCAGCCCAAGCCCUAUCUACAUACCCGACCGCAUCGCUGAUGUGCCAGUGUUUCACACCGGUACAUUAGAAAGGAGAGCGCCAGUGCAGUCGCUCCCGCAGCAGAGCCUCCCGCCGCAGGACGUGGACAGCGAGAUGGUGGAAAUACUCAUCUGAUCGCACACAUAUUGACAAAGACACAACUCAAAGCAGGUGAAGGAUUCCUUCUCUGUUACAUUUUCAGAUAAAGAUUGUCAGGACAGAGGGGUUGUUUAGAAACAAACUUUACAACAAUCAGCGAACAAUAAUAUACAACAACACUCACAAUCAACACUUUUUUUGUACAGUAUUGUCUGGUGAACUUUUUUCCCUUCCAGACCCUCGGACCAAAUAUACUGGCAUAAUUUUUUACAUUUAUUGCACUACUUUGUGUUUGUAUUUACUUAUUUUUUGGUAUGCAAUUGUUUUGUUGUGUGUUCUAAUACAAAUGUGGCACUUGAGUAUCUUGCAAAAUGAUGAGUAGCCGAACAGUUGUUACAUGUAAAUACUGCAUCAGAAUACUGUAAAUCUGAAUGGCAUAGGGCCUUUUUUUAUUCUAGGACGCAAUGUCUGUACGGCAUGUUCUGUAUGGUUCACAGUGCACUGUUUAGGAGCAGUGGACCAACAAGCAUUCACCUGUGUGUCUAGAAGCUCCAGAAGUAUGUGAAAAUAUGAGUGACCCAACUGGUUUUGGGUUUGUCUGUGUGAAAGUCUGUAGUUUUUCAAUCAAAACUGAGGUCCAUCAUUCCAGUAGAGCUACAGCAGCCACAAAUGUGCCUUGGUUGAGAGGUACCACUGUUGGGGAUUAACAGGAUUCUGGAAUCCACUGCCACUUCACCACACACACACCGGACUUCCAGAUCUGUCCUUUCACAGUUUGGAAAUCCUCCAAACCUCUCGUUUCAAUGUGAUGGUUACUCUGAAGUCAUUUUUUGAUAGCUUUUUUUUCAGUCUUGUGGUUGCAAGACAUUUAACUCUUGACCAAAGGAAUCCAUAAAAAAGAUGCAAAUUAUACGCACAUUUUAUAAAGAAGGGCCAAGCAACGAUCCUCAGGUUAUUAAGAGGGUCUAACCCAGGGGUGUCCAAUCCUGCUCCUGGAGCAGGAGUUCAGCUCCAACCCCAAUUAAACACACCUGAACCAGCUAGGCAUACUAGAUACCUCCAGGCAGGAGUGUUGAGGCAAGUUAGAGCUAAAUUCUACAGGACAGUGGCCCUCCAGGACCAAGUUUGGAAACACCUGGUUUAACCUAAUUCAAAAUUAUACGGAUGUGUAAAUGAAAUUCCAUGAAAUCAGGAAAUAUUUAUGAAACCAUCUGAUUUUACUGCUUUCAUAAUUUUCUCACGCUUCAUAGUAUUUGGAAUUUCUUCCGACCUCUGGAUCUGAAUUUGCGAGAGAUUUUCUGUUUGACGCUCAGUCCCUGAUGUCAAUUUGACGUCUGUUCGAGGUGUCCGUUUUCAUCUGAAACGUCACAUUUAGAGUGUUUGUUUGCACUUCUGAACCACAUUUCUAAAAUGUUCCCUGGCAGAUGUUACAACAACAUUUAGACAAUUUAUUUGUUAAUUCACUCAGGUUUCUCAGGUGCUUAUACACAAAUGACCAUUAAUACACAGUGCUGUCCAGAUGAUACUUGUUUACAGAUGCCUCACGAUGUGUGCUCACUGUGGUUGUUUGGUGAUAUAUCAUUUAUGCAUAAACGAACAAGCAAGUUUGAGUUUCUAAAGGAGGUCAUCAUUUCAAAAAACUCAAAAGCAUGUAUAAAUGACAACACUACCAUUCUAACCCCAAACUUUUGAGCAGUUAAAACUUGGCACUAAGCAAAUUCUGUCCCCUGUAAGAGACAAAUCAUUGAGGUAUUACACCACCUGGAGAAAGAGAUGUUAGCAUUCCAUUUCCUUUCAAAGGUCCUUCUGGUGCAGGUAGUGUCAGUUUGAGCCAACUACCUGAGCCCUAAAUGCCGUGUGCCUAAUGUAGAGCCAUUAUAUGAUGCUUUCAAAAACACAGGGCUAAAGAAAUGUGAUCCUACAUAGCAGUUUCAUAUUUACAGUUCAGUUUUUGUUAAAAAACAAUAACAUACAAGUCUAAAAGCUUUUAAACUUUAUUUCAAAAUUAUUUAAAUGUAUUUCCCUGAAAAUUAGAUUCAAUAGCAUUUGAUAUUAUGGAAUACAAAUUUCAAUUCAGUUGGUAUUUAGGUAUUUGAGCACAGACAGUCUCAGUUUAGCACGCUGUGCCUCGGUACUUGACAUUUUGUACAGUUUUUUGCUUAUCUCAUUCACUUGAGAUAGAAACUGGUUAUUUUUUCUUCCUUCCUGUCUUUGUUUUAAAUAAAAUCUUAAAACAUU